UAUUCAGACCCUUUACUCAGUACUAAGUUGAAGCACCUUUGGCAGCAAUUACAGCCUAGAGUCUUCUUGGGUAUGAUGCUACAAGUUUGGCACACCUGUAUUUGGGGAGUGUCUCCCAUUCUUCUCUCCAGUUCCCCUCAAGCUCUGUCAGGUUGGAUGGGGAGCGUCGCUGCACAGUUAUUUUCAGAUCUCUUCAGAGAUUUUCGAUCGGGUUCAAGUCCGAGGUCUGGCUGGGCCACUCAAAGACAUUCAGAGACUUGUCCCGAAGCCACUCGUGUUGUCUUGGCUGUGUGCUUAGGGUUAUUGACUCGCUUCUAUUUCUUAGGAAACUUUGCAGUAUUUUGAUUUUUAUGUAUUAUUUCUUACAUUGUUAGCCCAGAAAAUGUUAUGUGUUAUUACAUACAGCUGGGAAGAACUAUUGGAUAUCAGAGCGGUGGUAACUCACCAGCACUACCAGCAUUACGACCAGGAAUAUACAUUUCCCAAAGCGGAUCCUUUGUUCGCACCACCCAGAGCAAUUUAACUGAUUCCAGAGGCCGACCCAAAACAACGACAGCGGGGAAGAGGAACUCGGAGCGGUCUUCUAGUCAGACUUAAGAGCCCCGCACACAACCCACCGCCUCCGAGUAUAUUACUCGCUAAUGUUCAGUCCCUGGAUAACAAAGUUGAAGAGAUCAGGGCAAGGGUUUCUUUCCAGAGACACAUCAGCGAUUGUAACACACUGUUUCACGGAAACAUGGCUCUCUCGGGAUAUACUUGAAGUCGGUCCAGCCAUCUGGAUUCUCAGUUCAUCUUGCUGACAGGAAUAAACAUCUCCCUGGGAAGAAGAAGGGGGUGUAAGUUUCAUGAUUAACAACUCAUGGUGUAAUUUUAAUAACAUACAGGAACUCAAGUCCUUUUGUUCCUUUUGUUCACCCGACCAAGAAUGCCUCACAGUCAAAUGCCGACCGUAUUAUCUCCCAAGAGAAUACUCUUCGGUAUUGUCACAACCGUGUAUAUCCCCCCUCAAGCCGAUACCACGACGGCCCUCAAGGAACUUCACUGAACAUUAGGCAAACUGGAAACCAUAUAUCCUGAAGCUGCAUUUAUUGUUGUAAGGAUUUUAACAAAGCAAAUUUGAGGAAAAGGCUACCAAAAUUCUAUUAGCAUAUCGACUGUAUUACUUGCGCUGGAAAAACACUUGACUAUUGUUACUCCAAUUUCCGGGAUGCAUACAAGGCACUCCCCCGCCCUCCUUUCAGCAAAUCUGACCACGACUCCAUUUUGCGCCUCCCUUCCUAUAGGCAGAAUCUCAAACAGGAAGUACCCAUGCUAAGGACGAUUCAACGCUGGUCUGACAAAUUGGGAUCCAUGCUUCAAGAUUAUUUUGAUCACGCGGACUGGAAUAUGUUCCGGGUAGCUUCCGAAAAUAAUAUUGACGUGUACACUGAAACGGUUACUGAGUUUAUCAAGAAGUGUAUAGGAGAUGUUGUUCCCACUGUGACUAUUAAAACCUACCCUAACCAGAAACUGUGGAUAGAUGGCAGCAUUCACGCAACACUGAAAGCGCGAUCCUCCGCAUUUAACCAUGGCAAGGUGACUGGGAAUAUGGCCGAACACAAACAGUGUAGACAAAGUGGAGUCGCAAUUCAACGGCUCAGACACGAGACAUAUGGCAGGGUCUACAGACAAUCAUGGACUACAAAAGGGAAACCAGCCAUAUCGCGGACACCGGACAAUUAUCCUACAUUAUAUUUGUUAAACAUGACUGACGUUUAGCCUAUACUGUAUAUAUGUCAUAUAAAAUCUCAUUCAAGUUUGGCUACAUUUUCUGGCGCCUCCCUCCUGUCAGCAUCGAUCUGGACAUGACAGACUGUACCCAAUACCCAUAGCCUAUCACCUACACCUUUAUAUUUAGGCUAAUUAUUUAUGUGCAUUUACAUACACAUGUUUUUCUUAACAGAAUAGCAAGUGUUUUUUCAGUUUAAUUUGCUAUUUUUGUUAAUGUCCUUGUUGCCCUAGCACGACUAUUCCCAAACUGGGGUACACGCAAUGCCGUAGGGGGCACGCCAAAUACAAAUGUGAUUCACAUUUUCAAACAGUCCAUUUAGAUUUUCCAACGGAGCUAUACAUUUGGGUAAUGUUUUUUUUCUCGCCUGAGUAGCCUCGUUUCACAGCCUAAAAUAAAAUUAAACCAUCUAGUGUUCAGCGAAAUAACAACACAAUGUCAAAUACAGGUUGGCGAGUCAAAUAACUAACAUCCAAUCACAUUAACCGUUACUCUCUCUCGUCGUUCGAUCUGACACUUCACACCUGAAUAUGAAAAUUAACAACAAUGUACACGGUGUAGUAGAGUAUUAGUUUAUAUCAUCUCUAUAAAUACAAUUUCAACUGAAGUCCAUCUUCAGAUUUGCAGAUAGGUUAAACGACUACAGCCUGCCAGGGACAUGAUCACAUGUUCCCCCCUCACCCCAUUCUAACUGAAUUUGCACAGAUAGUGAUGCUCUCAUAAUGUCCCUUUGGAUUACACUUCAGUACAUUAACAGAUAGCUAACUCAACCUGGAUCUCAAUACAGAGAACAGGUCCGUUUUCUUUCCAUUUUCACAGAUAAAAACCGUGUGCAUGUUGGAUCUAAUCAUAUUCACAAACAAGUCAGACGCCUCUCGCAAAUCUAAUCAGAUUAUUUUAAAUUACACCCUAAAAGAAGCUUGUCUAUUGGUCUGGAAGGAAUGCUGACUUCGGCAGAAGAGCGACGGCAUUUCUGAAAUAAAGGGAAAGCUACAGUUUAUUUGAUUUCACGUUAAAUCGUGGUCAAAUAUUAUUACGUGGUCAAAUAUUAUUAUUGAUGUUGAUGGUUAAAUGCUGGCCUUUACUCAGAGGGAAAGAAUGUGAACGAUUUAGCUAUUUAGUAGUAACAAAGCAUUUCAUAUUACAGUAGCCUAUGCUUUCAUACCUAACCCUUCAGAGUUGAUUGGUAAUUGAAAAUGUGUGCUCUUACAUGCUUGGUGACCGUUCGACACAUUACAUUAAAAGUAUCUCUUUCAAAGAAGAAACGGAUGUGAAAGGCAUUCAUACAAAAUGAUGUUAUCAGUGAAAACGGAUACUUUUAUUUGGUCUUCAUCCACAUCUUCAAUCACAAAUAAAUACAUUUACAUUUACAUUUAAGUCAUUUAGCUGACGCUCUUAUCCAGAGCGACUUACAAUUUGGAAAGUUCAUACAUAUUCAUCCUGGUCCCCCCGUGGGGAAUGAACCCACAACCCUGGCGUUGCAAGCGCCAUGCUCUACCAACUGAGCCACCAACUGAGCCACACGGGACAAAUACUUGUGAUUAUUUGUUUUUAACUUCUCCAACAGAUUGUUUUACUGUAAGGGAGAGUGCACCUUCAUCAAAAAGGUCAGGUUCUGAGGGAAGCUGUUUUCAAACAUCAAAAGUAAAAAAUAAAAAAAAAUGAGAAAAUACAAUUGAUUGAUUGAAGGGAAGCUUUCCAACAACUCCUUGGAAGUGGGAAAGACAAGGUUCCAACUGGAAAAUAACCACUUGAACAACUCUCCCAAGUUGGAAUUCCAAGUGGGAAAGUAAGAGAUAACGUUGAUACCCCGAGUUUACAAGUUGUGACAUUUCAUCACUAACCUUUCACCUUUUCAACCAAAAGAUGAUCAAGCAAAUCCAUUGACAGUGUCAAACUUAUCAAUGUGGAUAAUGUAGCUAGUGUGACCAUACUCUCAAUGUUAAGCAAGUUAGCUAACUUUAUCAUGAGCAACGUUAGAUAGCUCAUCUACCUAGCUAAAAUAUCCUUGGUUGAAGAAUUUUUUUAACUAACACAAUCACAUCAAAUGUAUGACUCAUAACUGGGAGAUUUCCCAGUUCCGAAGAGCAUUUGAGGACAGCAUUAAUGUGCUUACUGAAGGCCACACCGUUAGUUAUAUUCCUUAUCCAAUCUUAAGCACGACCAGUACUGGUACCUCGAAAACUAAAUAGGACACAUCAAAGUAACAAUAUAUUGUAAUGAUCAGCUAAAGGUAGAUGGUGUUGAAACAACAUUCAAUACUUAUCUAGAAUGCAAAGCAUGCCUACUAGCUAACACAUUUCCAUUAGCUAAAUAAUUCCCCAAAAAUGUAGGGGCUAAUUAGUCACUACUACGUACGAAAUUCAGAGGAACACUUGGCCACCAAAAAUCAAAUGUAACUUUAAAAAACGAUUUGAUCUUUUAAAAGAUGAUCACAAGACCAGAUCAAAACAAGUAUUUAGCACCCUCAAUGUGUCCAGCCAGAUCCACCAGCUGAAGAUGAUUAAAGUCUAAUCUAGGCAAUCUAAUCCAAACUAUGAAAGCAUCUUAUUUUUCAAGAUUCCAGUCCAAUUAACUACCACACGUUUUACUGGGUUCUUGGGUGUCUUAUGCAUCUCAGUGUCCAUUCAGCCAUGAAAGAAAGCCUUCUUCUGCUUCGAUCUCCUCCUCCACUCUCUCCGUCUUGCCCUCUGCUCCGUGGGUAUAAAAAGGACAGUUCUUUACCAGCUUCACUUCAUCUGGAACCUCCAGCCUCAUCAAUCCAAACUACUGAACCACACACGGCCUAAUCAUGAGCAGGAAUUACAUGUCCAAGUAUGAUGAGAUGCGUAAGGGAGACUACAUAUGGUCCAAUAACAAGGAAUACAAGGCCGUUUUCCAGGAGGACGGUAACUUUGUCAUCUAUGGCUGGAGGCAGAUGUGGUCCUCUGACACCGCCGGCCAGGUUGACGCCUACCGCCUGUGCAUGCAGGACGACUGCAACUUUGUCAUGUACAAGAGGGAUAACAAGACGAUGUGGCAAACCAAGAGCCAGGGUCAAGGGUUCAAGAUGUGCCGCAUGUACCUGCGUAACGACGGCAACCUGGUCGUUGAGAAGGACGGAGAAGAAAUGUGGAACUCUUCUUCCUCAAAGGGCCACAAGCAGUGAAUGUCCUGACCGCAACUGGCUCUGUCCUAAGGGUCAUCAAGGAAGAUGACUACUCUCCCUCUGUACCAUAAAUCAAAUCCCUGUGUUCCAAUAUCCACAUUAACAUACCGCUUAGAAUGAAGUGAUGUGCUGUGUAUGAGUUGUAAGUGGUAUGCUAGUGUGUAUAUUAGAACAUAGCCUUAAGGUAUCUGACUCACAGUGAAAAGAUUAUGCAAUAAACAUUUUAA